AUGGAUUUAGAAAACUCUUGUUUCGUUCUUAGUGGAUCUAAGAACUACCCAACUUACGUAUACAUGGAUUUAGAAAACUCUUGUUUCGUUCUUAGUGGAUCUAAGAACUAUCCAACUUACGUAUACAUGGAUUUAGAAAACUCUUGUUUCGUUCUUAGUGGAUCCAAGAACUACCCAACUUACGCAUACAUGGAUUUAAAAAACUCUUGUUUCGUUCUUAGUGGAUCUAAGAACUACCCAACUUACGCAUACAUGGAUUUAGAAAACUCUUGUUUCGUUCUUAGUGGAUCUAAGAACUACCCAACUUACGCAUACAUGGAUUUAGAAAACUCUUGUUUCAUCUUGGCUGUUUUGGGGGUUCUUGCCGCGGCUGAAGCCGGAUACAUUGGUGGAGGAGGUGGAGGUGUAGGUGGAUUCAUUGGUGCUGGAGGGGGAGGUGUAGGAGGAAGCUAUGUAAACCUGGUUCCCGUUCAGAUUGGAGCCACUGGCGGCUAUGGUCAACAACCAGUGUAUCCCUCCAUUCCGACACCUUAUUCUUUCGGUUACGCCGCUCCUGCUAUUGGCGGUUUUAGCGCGCGCCAGGAAUCUGGAGAUGGAUAUGGUCGGGUGACAGGAUCCUACAAGCUUUCUGAUGCAGAUGGACGCCAGAGAAAGGUCCAGUACGUUGCUGGUCCAGAAGGAUUCAGAGCUCACGUCUACACCAACGAACCUGGUACCAAAAGCGAGAACCCUGCUGACGUUGAUUUCCAAUCCUCUGCUCCUGUUCCACCUCCUUACUACCCACCCAGGCAACAUUCUGGCUAUGGUGCCUCUGUUGGAUAUGGGAAUCAAAACCACAUUGCUGUACCAUCUAGUGGACCUUGGCAGUAAUUCGCCUAAUUGUUUAACAUAUUUUGAAGAGCUUAUUAGACCAAACUUGUAUACCUUGUUGUUUAAUGUUCCAAUACUUAUUUUUUUUCUUCUUCU